UCACUUGACUCUUAGAAUACGGACCACACUGCAUUGAAACCCAUCCCAAAAUCCACACUCUCACUCCGAGGAGACAAAUUCUGCGGCAUAAAAAAAACUACUUCAGUCACAACACACUUUUUAACUUUCUAGUCAAUGAUUUAAGUGGUGGGUGUGGUGCUCGAGAGAGAGUGGGUGUGGUUGGGUGGUUGCCAUGGCGAUGAACGCGACUACCCGGUUCUCCGACAAUUACGAGUUAAAAGAGGAGUUGGGCAAGGGCGCCUUCUCCAUCGUCCGGCGCUGUGUCCAAAAGUCGACGGGGUUGGAGUUUGCAGCGAAAAUCAUCAACACAAAAAAAUUGAGUGCUCGAGAUUUCCAAAAGUUGGAACGCGAAGCGAGGAUUUGUCGCAAGCUGCAGCAUCCUAACAUUGUCCGCCUCCAUGACAGCAUCCAAGAGGAGAAUUUCCAUUAUCUCGUCUUUGACUUAGUCACCGGAGGGGAAUUAUUCGAGGACAUAGUCGCCCGUGAGUUUUAUUCCGAGGCGGACGCGUCGCACUGCAUCCAGCAGAUUUUGGAGUCUGUGAACCAUUGUCACACCAACGGCGUCGUCCACCGCGAUCUCAAACCUGAAAAUCUACUCCUCGCCUCCAAGGCCAAGGGGGCGGCCGUUAAAUUAGCCGAUUUUGGGCUGGCCAUUGAGGUCCAGGGGGAGCAGCAGGCGUGGUUUGGAUUCGCCGGAACCCCUGGCUACCUCUCCCCCGAGGUAUUAAAAAAGGAGCCGUACGGGAAACCGGUGGACAUUUGGGCGUGCGGCGUGAUUUUGUACAUUUUGCUCGUCGGCUACCCGCCCUUCUGGGACGAGGACCAGCAUCGGCUCUAUGCACAAAUUAAAUCCGGGGCGUAUGACUACCCCUCCCCCGAGUGGGACACGGUCACCGCGGAAGCCAAAAACUUGAUCAAUUUAAUGUUGACCGUGAAUCCAAACAAGCGGAUCACCGCCUCCGACGCUCUUAAACAUCCAUGGAUUUGCCAACGCGAACGAGUAGCUUCAAUGAUGCACCGCCAGGAAACUGUCGACUGUUUAAAGAAAUUUAACGCUCGCCGGAAAUUAAAGGGCGCGAUUUUGACGACGAUGUUGGCGACGCGGAAUUUUUCAUUCUUUUCAGCUCGCAGCAUUGUGAAUAAGAAGGAAAACACGACCUCGCUCACGUCGGGCUCGGGAAGUCAAGUCAAAGAGUCCACGGAUUCAUCGACCACGCUCGAGGAUGAUGAUGUCAAAGACUCCUCCUCGACGGAAUCCCCUCGGAAGACGGGGACAACAAAAACCUCUGGAUUUAGCGAUAAAAGGACCGUGACCGUUGUCAUGCGAGACGUUGCCAAUAACAACAAUAACGAUUUUUUGUGUUGUGAAGACAAACAAAGAAGCGGCACCCCCUCAACCUCAUCCGUUGUCAUGGCAACGUCGUUGUCAGCUAAAAAAGCAGAGAUAAUCAAAUUGACGGAAAAUAUUAUCGAAUCAAUUAACAAUGGAGAUCUCGAACAGUACACAAAACUGGCCGACCCGCACAUGACGGCCUUUGAGCCGGAAUCCGUAGGGAAUUUGGUGGCCGGGAUGGAUUUCCAUAAAUUUUAUUUCGAAAACAACGCCAUGACGACGACGUCGGCGGCGGGAAAGUUUAACAAUUCAGCAUCAUCAGGAAGAAAUACGACAAUUUUAAAUCCACACGUUCAUCUCCUUGGAGACGACGCCGCCGUCAUUGCGUUCAUUCGGUUGACGCAGUUUUUUGACAAAAACCUAAGUGGGACCCCCGCGACGACGCAGCACGAGGAGACGCGCAUCUGGCACCGGAAGGACGGCAAAUGGCAAAUGGUUCACGUGCAUCGAUCCGCGUCGUCAAGCGCGAAAUGGCCCGUUGCCAAUAGCAACGCCUCCUCCUUAAAUUAAUUUUAUUGACUUGGAAGAUGAACAAAAAAAGUUGAUAUUAAUUUGUGAUUCAAUUUUUGAUGAGAAAUUUUACGUUUUUCCCACACACACAACACACACACGUUUUCUUCAUAUCGAGCUUUUUGUAUAAAAAAUAAUUGGUUGCCAUGGAAACGUGGUUUCUAUGGUUACCAUGAGGUUAUUUAAAAAAAAUUAUCAACACUCUCUCUCUGUAUCUCUAAAAAAAACACACUUUUUGAUGGAUUUAUUGCCUUUCUCUGGAAUAUUUAAAAAAUGUGGUGGAAAUGAUGUUGCCAUGGAAACUUUGACUCUGUGAAUUUUCUCUCUGGAAUAAUGUUUCUCUCGGUGUGAUUGUAAUUUUUAUGACAGUAACGCGAAAGAUUGGGGUUGAGGGGGGGCGUGGUUGCCAUGGUUUUUUGGUGGAUAUAUAAUAUAAUAAAAAAAAACGUUUUUUCUUCCCGUCUCUAUGCAAAUGAAA